AUGGCGUCUGAAGCCUCGUCUUCGACCGCGCAGCCUGCGCCAGAGGCCGCUUCCGACCACCUGUCCGUAAACCUGCAGGUCCUGUCACCGUCGACCGCCGCGAGCUCCGGCCGGCCCCUGGUGUUCCCAAGCCUCCCAGCCUCGACGACCGUCCGCCAGGUCAAGGAGAAGAUCCGCCAGGCCCUGCCUCUGAAGCCGACCGACGCCCAGCAGCGAUUGAUCUAUCGGGGACGGCCCCUGUCGCAGGACGGCGAUACUCUGUUGAACGUCAUCGGCGAGGAAGUCAUUCGCAACACCGACCAGCAGACCAUCCACCUGGUUCUCCGAGACGUCGCGGAGACGCACCGCUCGACACCGACACCGGCCCUGGCUCGCGGCUCGAGCCCGGCGCCGCCGAUCGCCCAGUUCCACGUCCCCGUGAACCCCGGCCACGCGCACCCGCAUGGCAGUCAGCCAACGGCGGCGGCCUUCACCAGGCGCACCCCAAUGCCCCCGACUUCGAACCCGCUGCCUUUCCCGACGCCCUCGCAGAUACCCUCGAACCUGUCGCUGCAGCAGAUCCAGCAGAUGCAGGCACAGCAGCACCAGAGCAUGGCGGCGUGGAUGAACGGGCUGCAGCGAGAGGCCAUGAACAGAGCCAUGGCCAACCAGCAGAUGAACCAGCAAAUCAACCACAACCAGUCCCUCCGGGCGUCUCUCGGUCUGCACGGCAUCGGCGACCCCAACGCGCCGGCGAACCCUGCCGACCCUACGCGCGGUCGGGUCAGCCCGGCGAACCCAGACACGCAUACCUACGUCAGGGAGGGCGUCAUGCCGAACGGCCAGCCGUACCGCGUGACGGUCAACGAGACGCUUCUCGGCGGCACGCUCAACGUUCACGGGCAGCCCGGCACGACGCCGCUGUCAGCGUCAGAGGUCCAGAACAUCUUGCGAGGCGCCGACGCCGGCCAGGCGACGCUUGCCAUGACCAACGCCAUGCAGAGGAGCGCUUCGGGAACGUCCCUCGCCAACGGCUCCGUCGGCGUCACCACCCCCUUCUAUCCCCCGGGCUCCAGGGCAAGCAGCAGACGGGCCACGCCCGACCCUACCGCGCGGUCCGUCAGCGGCGGCAGCGGACACUCUGUGCAGCGCCAAGCACCAAGCGGCCCCGAGGUCUACAUUUUGAAUUCUCCCCAGGGCCCGCGUGCCGUUCUUAUCAACAACAAUUCAGAGACAUACUAUACCCCUACAACUAGAAUGCCGUACCAGCCGAUUUCAACCUUUCACCAGACGGCGUCGACCCUCGCCAGAAUGAGAGGCCGACCCCAGCACGUUGCGUGGCCGACCUUUGCCACGCCUCAAGCGCAGCAGGACGACCACCAGCCUGCUCAGCCUGCCGAGCCCGUCCAGGCGCCGCCGCAGCCGGAGGUUCAUCCCCAGGGACAGCCUCCCAUUGCCGCCGUGCCGGCGCAUCCCAACAACCCCGGCAUCGCCCCGCUGAUUGCGCAGGUGUGGCCGCACUUUUGGCUCAUCGUCAGACUCGGUCUCUUUGUGUGGUGGUUUACGUCGCCCAACGCCAGCUGGUCGAGAUGGUUCACGGUCGUCUUCAUCGCCUUUAGCAUCUUUGUCCUGAACACCGGGCUGCUCAACGGCUUCUUCGACCAGGCCGUGGGCCCGGUCAGACGUCACAUGGAGAAUCUGAUCCCCCUGGCUGCGCCGAAUCAGCCCAACGAGCCAGUGCGAGCCAGAGACGCCAUCAUUGGCGCAGACGGCCGCCCCGACCCAGCACGCGCAGCCGCCAGACUGGUGGACCAGCGCAGACACGACAACGGCAACUGGGUCAUGGAUCAGGUGCGUCGGCUCGAGAGAGCGGGCCUGCUCUUCCUUGCCAGUAUCGCUCCAGGCGUUGCGGAACGCCACAUUGCCCACCUUGAAGCUGAGGCUCGCGCCGAGCGUCAGCGGAGGGAGGAGGCAGAGGCAGCCGCAGCGGCCGCCGCGGAGGCAGCAGCAAACGCCGAGAACACGGAAGCCCAAAAUGAGGAGACGGCUGAGACACGGAAUGAAACAGAGAACGGAACCAGCGAGGCACAACAAAAUCAUGGUGAGCAGCGACAAGAGGAACAGCAGCAACAGCAGCCGUUGGUGGCGCUGUGA